AUGUUUCAAACACUUCUGUCCGCCAAGGUGCGACAAGGCGAUGUGCGCUUCGACAGCACUUGUAGCGCGGAAGAAAUGCAAGAUCAGCUUAAGAACACUGUGAGCUUUACGUUCCAAGCGUUUGUUGGUUUGUAUGGGUUUCCCAACUCGGCCGAUGUAUCUUCGAUUACAGGUACCACAACCCUCCAGACAUCAGCCUCCGAAGACGCCCCAGCUGCACAGCAGCCUCGAUUAGGAAAUGGUGGCUACCAGUACACGAUGGCGCCGCCAGAACAGGAAAUUGGCAAUCUGGGGAGUUUGGCAGGACCGUCCUCAUCUUAUUUUGUGCCAAAUUACGACCCAUAUCUGCAGCACUCACCGUCGGAUCUGUCUGGGAAUCCUUCCGGUGAGCACACAGGUGACGCAACAGCAGCCGCGGACACGGAAAAUGGUGAUCCCAACGAGCGUGGCGUACCAACUACAGCGGCUUCUCUCAUACAGAGUCUCCCGUAUGUGUUAGCACAGUCUACUCCCGACCCAGCAUCACCAGGACAGGGGCUUGCGCAAGCACUGCACCCACAGCGCUCGCCCUUCCUCCACCAGAUGGCCGAGACAAACCCAUAUACUGCUCAAGUUGCAGAAGCAUCCAACGUGCAGCGGCGAGAGACACCUAUAAAGCCGAUGGGGCCGCCGUCUCACACCUCCUCACGCAAAUCACGACAGCGAGCAUCGAAGAAGAAUGGAUCACGGUCUGAGAAACGUACACUGCCGCCCCUCCAGCCGGCCCCGCACCGUGGGUCUCAGCAUGUCGACCCGGCGCCGGGCUUGCCUUCAGUGAAUCUGGCGCCGAGUUCUCCCCACCCACAGCUGCCGCAGGGUGCGCACGGGGCGGCAUAUUCACCAAAUGUCCCGCAACAAGCGCACAUAGGUCAAGGGGGCUACUACGGACAGCACGGACACUACGGCCAUUAUGGACACACUGCCGGACCACCCGUGUCCGGGUCGGGCGGGGGAGCGCACAUAGCAAACACUCGUUACACAGAGUCCGGCCAUAGCCAGGCUUCGGAGUACUACGACAGAGUGACGUGGGUGGCGGGGGCCGUGCCACAGGGACCUGCAGGAGUAUCGCUGCCGCCGAUGGAGACGCAGCCGUAUGAUGCAAUGCCGCUGACGAGGUCGCAGGCGAACGAUGCUGGCUAUUACAACCCCCAACAUGGAUACGGGGGUCCGCACCGCGAAGAUUACCGUUCUCACCAAUAA